UGACAAGUUUACACAGCUAAUAAGUGUCCAAUGUGGAGUUUAAACCCAGUUUUCCUAAUUCUAGUACCAAUAUUCUAUCUUCUAUGCCAAAAGCACCGCUCUUCCACUAGUUAUUAGUACAUACCAUAAAAUGUACCAUGAGCAAAAAUAAUUCCUAGGUUUCCUACAGAUCAAAUGUCUUCUGGUCUUGAAAACACUAGCAUGUUAUUCUCACCUUGUAACGCCACCCAGGAGAGAAUAGUGAAUUAUUCUAACCUUGUAACGCCACCCAGGAGAGAAUAGUGAACGUUCCAGAAAGUAUUGUUUUCAAGUGCAUAGUUGUCCUUGACCUUCUGGCAGAAUGUCAUUAUUGCCCUUCUUCUUGGUGUUGUUGGAAGCAAAUUUCUCCCUCCGUGAUAUCACCUUUGUUUACGUCAUCUCAGUGAGGUGGAGGUCAAAGACCACUGAGUACAUUCAGGUAUAGAUAGCCCUCUGAGAAAGGAAGUUAGAGCACCCAGGAACCAACAAGACAGGAAGUUGAUUCCACAGGCACUGCCUCCCCUGAGUGGCCCAGGCAGAUUAAGAAACUAGGAUUUCAGGGAAACUCAAGAAAAGGAAGGAGAGAGUAAGGGGAGCAAGAAUGAAUGGAAUGGAAGAAAGUCUUUCUCAGAAUAUGAUUUCUCCAGAUCCUUCUGCCCAAAUAACUGCCUACAGAUUAAUAGCCAAUCCUGGGACUUCUAUUAAACCUAGAGCCUGCGCGCCGCCUCCUGAUUAACUUGGGCCGAGCUCCCGCAGCCGACCUGCCAGCAGCAUUAGGCCUCGCACUGUGAGCCCGGGGGAGAGGAGACCUUGCCCCGAACCUGCUGCUCGCACCUUGCCCCGAGCCUGCUCCUUGGACCGGAGAAAGGAUUUACUGCUGCCCAGAGCCAACCCCACCCCCGAGGGUUGGAAAGAGGAGCGGAGGGAAGAAGGAGUGCGCCUAGGCAGCAGCAGGCAGCGCGAAGCCGCGCCGGGAGGAGCCAACUGUAAGCCCCGGAGAUGCAGCAGCUCCCGCCGCACAAGCGGCGCGGAGGAGGAGGAGGAAGAGGAGGUUCGGCAGAGGGCGGAGACGAAGGCUUCUGCCUAAACCUCUGCAGGCAGCGGCCGGUACCCGGUCAGGAGCAACCCGCCUCGGCCCAAAAGCUCCACUCUCCCGAUGGCGAGAGAGGCUCUGGGCCGGGCAGCGCCUCGGAACUGAUGCCCUUUGGCGACAGGGAUGAAGUCGGAGCUCCCAAGUGGCUCGGUGCGCCCCUGGCACCGGCCUGGGGCCCCGCCGGGGUCCCCGGCAGCAAGGCUGUGGCGCCUGGGAAAGCAGGGUACGGAGCCCCAGCUACUGCAGCUUGCCCGGGGGCGCUGUCCACUGCUGAAGCCCCGGUGGUGCCCGAGGCCGAGGACUCGGCACUCCCAGCCUGGAUGCGCCUAUACUUCUACGGGAUGCACGGCAUCACCUUGGACGUGCUCAUCUCCUCGGCUCAGGGCUUCCUCCACAGCCCUGACCUCAAGAUGCUGGGUUUCUCCACUCCCUACCACUGUCUGCUGCACUCGCUCACCCAGUUCGCCCUGGAGAAGGUCUACCUGCAGAGGCGCCGCUGUCCCAGCACCUUCGCCUUUAAUUUCCUCCUGUACCCCUCGGCCCACUUGGGGUUGCAGACCUUGGUGGGCAAGGCACUGCUGCUGAUAAGCCACGGGGGGAGGCAGUUGGGCGAAGCGGCGCCGGGCACUCUGGAUCUGGCUCUCCAAUACUUGCUGGCAGUCUAUUACUCCCAAGUGUUUCUCAAGAGGUUCCUGCGCUUGCGAUACCGCCGUCCGCAGCCACAGCAACCCUGGCGCGGCCCCCCUCCUCUAUCCGGCCCUGGGACAACUGCGACGCCCAGCAGCGGGCGGCCGCGGCCCCGGGGUGCUGGGGUGUUCGGGGGCGCUCCAAAACAAGGACUCCCUGACCUUCUCCGCUUUCUCUUCUUCGGGAUGCAUGGUUUCCUGGACGAAAUCUUUUUCACUUUUUUCUUUAACCUCCUGGGACAGGAGGACGGGACCAUCAACGGCCACACUUCGCUCUGGUCCUUCUUUAUGUAUGGCAGCUGCAGCUUCGUGGUGGAAAAGCUGUACUUCUACCUACACUAUAGCCGAGGUUGGGGCACCUGUAAGAGGAUUCCCAUCUACAUUCUCUUCAUCUACACGUGGGAAUUGUCUUGGGGCCUGGGACUCCGCAUGUGUGGGGGCUGCUCCUGGGACUACUCUCACUACCCACUGAAUUUCAUGGGGCUUAUCACCCUGAUGUAUUUGCCGGGUUGGAUAUUUCUUAGCUUCUACCAGGACUUGCUGUCCAAUGUGUUGUGGCGUGUGCAAUACAUACCAGCUAAAUGAACCAUAGAAAGUAAUAACUGAAAGUCUGGAGACACUUUUUAAAGGAAGUUUAAAAAAAGGGGAUGUUUUUUAAUCUUUUACUUUUUAUACAUUUUACUAAAGCCUCUUUAAACAUGUUUUAUUUACAGUUUUGAUUUUCUGGGUGUUUUGAACCUAUGAGUAAUAUAGUACCUUGAAAUAUGGCAGUUUGGAGAUGAAUUAUAACUAAAAGUAUUUAACUCUUCUUUAAAACGUUUACUACACACACACACACACACACACACACACACACACACACACACACACACACAUACCUUCCUACCUUAAAAACUGAAAGCUGUGGAUUGCACUUACCGGUAGACAGCUACUAACCUUUCAUAAAUGGGAAAUCCUUCAAUGAAAGACCAAUGACUUUCAAAAGAUUUAGUGAUUUUCUAAUUUUCCUUUACAUAUUAAUCCAGGCUGCUAUUUUCCAUGUCACCAAUGCCUGCUGAAGUUCACUGACCUGUACACCUGAAAUUGCAGCAGCUUGUAACUCUUAAAGUGCCUCUGUCUAGCAUUUAAGAAGGAAACUGAAAAAUAUGAGAAUAUAUUCUAAGAAUAGCAUCCAAAUAGGUCUUUCCCAGCAGCUCAGACAGUUGACACUGUGUUAAAGACAUUUGAUCUCCAUCAUGGAAAUGACUGCUUUCCAGUGUUGGUUAGCCUUAAACACCAAGUGUAUUAAAGUUGAUAAUAUCUUACUUUAUUUAUGCUUGUUUUUUUAAUAUGCUUAUAAAACAAAAUGUAUACCUCUAACAAUGAGAGAGAACCUCCUUCAAGUUUUAAGGAACUUUUUCCAGAUUAAGCUCAAAUCAGUGAAGCUAUAAUCCUAAUGAGAAACAAAACCCCAGAAGAAUAAAGUAUUUAUCAUAUAAUCAUAGUAUUCAAAACUGGAAAGGAUCAGAGAUCAUCCAGUCUACCAUCUUGAUUUUACAGAUGAAGAUACUAGAGCCCAGAGGAGGUUAAGUGAAUUGCCCAAGGUUACACACACAUCUACAGUGUUAGAUAAGAGCACUGUCCUCUCAUCUGGCCUAUUUCUGUUCCAUGGCAUUUUUGAAAAUAUAGCAUUUUAUCUGGGACUCUUUAAUGUACAUAGGUCAGUCUGAAGCAUCAGGGCUUAGGAAAAAUCAGUAAUUGAUAGAUUUUUGUGACUCAAUCUCACUGUCCUAAAUUAAAUGAAGUGGAGAAGAAAACCAAGAAACUUGUUUAGUUAAAAACGACCUUUCAGAGGUUGUUAAAUCCAGGAGGAAAAAAAUAGACUAGAGUUUAAUGUCUGUUGCUGCUAGUCAGUCAUGCCUAAUUCUUCGUGACCCCAUUUAGGUUUUCUUGGCAAAGAUACUAGUGUGAUUUGCCAUUUUCUUCUCCUCUGGCUCAUUUUAUUGAUGAGGAGACUAGGGCAAAUAGGGUUAAGUGACUUGGCCAGGGUAACAUAGCUACUGUUUAAGGCCAGAUGUGUACUCAGCUUCUUGAUGAGCCUUCCUGAUGGCACUUUUAUCUAUUAUGCUACCUAUCUGCACCCACAUAAAGUUAAUCAAGACCAUCCCAAUGCUCAUUACAAAGGCAGGAAAAUCUGAAAGUGUUUUUCUAAUAUGAAUGUUGUUUUAUUUAAGAAUGCUUGUUGAUAGACAAAUUCUUUGGCUUUUCUUGAGUUUUCCUCAUCUGUCCUCCAUAACACAUUAUGCCUAUGAGUAAAGUAAAAUUUGCCAUCUUUGCUCAAAGCCAGAAAAAUGUAUGUGACUUGAGGACAUGGACUACUCAUUUUUAUCUUUAUAUCCGCAGUGCCUUGCAAGUAAUAGAUUCUUGGUUAAAAAUCUAUUGAUUUGAAAUUAAUUGACCUAUAGACAAAAUGUAUAAAGGCAAAAUACUAAACUCUAGCCACCAAUAGACACCAUUGAGAGGCAAAAGACUUGGGUUUUAGUAUAGGCAGCUAAAUGGUGCAGUGUUGGACCUAGAAUUAGAAAUGCCUUAGUUCAAAGGCUCACAUACUAGAUAGCUAUAAAUUUCUGGGCAAGUCACUUAUCCUCUGUCUGCAUCCAUUUCUUCAUAGAUAAAAAUGAGGAUAAUUAUAGCACUCACCUCCCAGAGCUGUUAUGAGGGCAAAACAAGAUAAUACUUGUUUAAACCCUUACCUCCUAUCUUAGAAUAAAUGCUAAGUAUUGGUUCCAAGGCAGAACAUAAGGGCUAGGCAACUGGGAUUAAAUGACUUGUCUAAGGUCAUAAAGCUAGGAAGUAUCCAAGGCUUGAUUUGAACCCAGGACCUCCCAUCAUCACCAGGUCUGGUUCUCUAUCCACUGAGACACCUAGUUGCCUCAUGAAAUAUUUAUAAAAUGCUUUGCAAACCUACCUAUUAUUUUCCUGUUUCAAUAGCUUCAUAACUCCAUAUCUUUAUAACAUUGUUUUACCUCUCUAAGUCUGUUUUCCCAUUUGAAAAAUGAAGGAGUUGCACAGAAUGACCUUUAAAGUCCUUCCAGUCCUUACAGUCUAUGAUGCUACACAAGUGUAUUUAGAAGUCUCCCUAAGAUAUGGAAACUAUUUAGAGAAAUAAAACUAAACUGUUUUGCUGA